AUGCUCGAGCCGGACGCCGUGCGCCGCCACCUGCGGCUGCUGCUGGCCAAGGAGGACAGCCCGCGCCCGAGCGGCUACCUCGCGUCGGUGCAGACGCAAGGCAUGGUGGCGUCGUGGCGAAAGCGCAUGGUCGAAUGGAUGCUGCACACGGGCAAGGCCUUUGAGCUCAGCGCCGACACGGUCGAGUGCGCGAUCCACUGUAUGGACGUCUACUUGGCCGCGCUCUCGGUCGACAAGAUUGUGCUGCAACUCGUGUCCAUGGUCGCCAUGUACGUCGCGUCCAAGAUGCACGAGCCGCGCCCGAUCCUUAUGGAAGAGAUGGAGCUCCUUUGCCAGCACAAGUACCCGCGCAGCGAAAUCAUCCUCAUGGAGAAGCAGCUCCUCCACGUGCUCAAGUGGCGCCUCAACCCCGCGACGCCGAUUGCGUUUCUUCGGGACCUCCUCACCUUCGAGUCGGUGCCGUCCAUCCAAGCGCAUCUCGAAGAGGCGGCCAUGGAGCUCCUUGAAGAGUGCGCGAUCGACUACGAGUACCUCGUGUUCCCGAGCUCGGUCGUCGCUGCCGCCGCCCUUGAAGUCGUGUGCGCCACCCAAUUUGGCUGCGCGAGCCCCCUCGCCGCAUAUGCACUCGACACGCUCGGCGUCGACGCAGCUGCUUUCAAGGACUGCGUCGCCCGCAUGAUGACGCUGUACGCGCCUGCCGACGUCGAGCCCGAGCUCGCAACCCUCGUGUACGAGGCCAAGAACGACGUGGUGGCCGAGGAUUGCAAGCCUCGGAGUGCGAGCCCGACGUCCAUCGACAGCCCCGGGCGCGAGGCCGUCGCCGCGUCGCCCCGAAAGAAGCAGCGGGCGACUGCUUAG